CUUUGCGCGGACGCAUCGAGUCAGUCGAGUCAGUCUGAUCUAGCGCACCGACAUACACGCCGCGUUCGGAUUUCGAAUUGUUUGUUUUUAAAUCAAUCAACAGUUUUUGCAAUGCCGCUGCCAUAUGACACGAUUUCCACGACUUCGCAGUCACGAACGGAGUCCAUGUUUACAAAAUGCUGCUGCUGCAUUCCAUUGAGGCUUGGGUGCUUCAUUCUCGGAUAUUUAAAUCUGAUUUUUAACACCUACCACACCCUAGCCCUACUGACCCUGACCACCUACAUCGGCAUCACGACCCACGGCUUCGACCACUUCGACUCUGACCGUCCCCGCAUGGUCUCAGACCAGGUGCCAGACAUCGAGUCUGUUGAGAGACCCUUCCUAAACCAAGUGGGGAUUCUGCUUAUGGUUGUGCUCUGCGCUAAUAUUGCUUGGUUAAUGAUCAAUGUGGCGUGUCUUGUGGGACUACAUAAGAAAAGUCUCGGCCCGAUCCGCGUCUACAUCGGCUUCGCCACUGUACGACUGCUGCUGUCUCUCGCUGGCUUCGUCUACCUCGUGAUGUCUUGCAGUGCUGGCACUCAGACGAUCAUCAUCCACAGCUUGGAUCUCGGUCUCGCAGCCUACUUCAUCCUUGUCUACUACAUCUACGCGGUUCAUCUCGAGCGCGAACUGGACCAGACCCGCCCCGAGCCUGCUAACGACAUCUCUUUUGUCUAUCCCGUCAAGAUUGAUAAGGAGAAGCUUGUUCUGUAGAUAGUUCCUUCAGAUUUCCAACACCGCACCACACUUUGAGGUCAUGAGGAGAGUCAUUCUAAAUGGACUUUUGUUUUUAAUGUAUACUUUUUUUUUAUUGGGUACCUAUUGUUAUGUUAUUUCCACUCAGAAUCAUUAGCUCUUUCGAUCCUAGUAGGAGAAACUAAAUUCUCAUGAUUUUUUUCCAUUCCGUUGCUAUUUUAAUGGCGGUAACGUAAUGGAAUUAACGAAAAAUGUAUGGAACUAUUGGGACGCUUUUUUCCUCUAUUACGGUAGAAACAACUCUUGAUUCUGAGCAGCAAUAUCAAAAAACAUUCCCAAAUAAAUAAAUAAAAAAGUGUAUUGAAACCAAAUACGCCGUGAUUAUUUGUGAAAAAUCUCGUCAUAUAGGUGUAUAGUUUAUCGGUUGGAAAACUAUAACUACAUUUGUUAUCUAAGUCCUAUUCUAAUACCUAUUUUAAUAAUUUGCGUUACUGUCAUGGCACAGGGGUCACCAAUUAGUUUCUUCAGGGGUCCGAUUCUUAAAAUAAAAUUAUCAUCGCGGAAAGUUUCUUAUUGAGUUUAUUAAAUAAGCAAAAAAAAAAAUAGAUCGGCGGUCCGGAUCCAGGCCACAGUCUGCCAUUUGGUGACCCUCGAUUCAAGUCGCCAUUAUUUUUAUCAACGCCGCUGCACCCACAAUUGGAAUGUUUGGUAGUUCCAUAUCUCUUUUUCAUUAAAUUUAAUAAUAAGUAAAGAGGGAUGUGCAAUAAUUAAAUAAUUUAUGAGCUUUCAUAAACAUGUGUAGCCGUUAGCUCAUUAAAUGAACAGAUUUUAGAUUCAUAAUUUAUGUAGUGUAGGUAUUCCUUUUAUUAUUUUAUGAAUAAAAUAAUAAUGUUUCUAAAUUAGUUUCUAAAUUAAAUGUAUGUAUUAUAAACUAAAGUAACUAUAAAAACGUCAUAAAUUUUAAAGUUUUUAGUUAAUAUACAAAAUGUAUUAAAUAUAUAUAUUAAUUAUUCCUGAAAUACUGUUUGCAUGAGUGAUGUAUUAAAAAAAACAACAUUCUCGCAAAUAAAAAGAGAUUAAUUAAAAAAAAUACAAUACAAAUCAGUUACUUAUUACGUUAAUUUAUGUAGGUGGAUUGUUACUGUUUAAUUUUUAUUAUAACUUAUUAAAUAGGUACUUUAUUUUGCUUUUAUAUAAUGUAUUUCUUUUCUAAUGUGUAAGAUUUAUUAUUUGUUUUUAAACUAGUACUUAAAUAAAAUAUUGUGUAAGA